GGGACAGAGAAUAUAUUAAAUUGGGAUGCAAACUGGGGAGCGAGAGGACAGCAUGAUUUUGGAAAAGGGCUUCUGCAUCUAAGGCUGCCGUCUUAAGUACCGUUACUUGGAAGAAAGUUCCUAGGGACUCAGUUGGACUUACUUGUCCGUGCGGGGAUUCUGUAUGAAAUACUGUAAAUAUGUCUGAAGUUAAGCGCCGGAGGAAAGCUACUCUUUCGGCCAAACCAGAUGAAGAUCAACACAAUAAACAAUCAAGUUUGGAGAGUAAAAAAAAUGUGUGGAUGGAUCCGCGAACGGCCUCAAGUUUACUGUCCCUCGUAGCUUGUGUGGGACUAACAUGGUUUCUUUUUCAGCAAUCAGUUCAGCUGGCUGCUCUAGAGAAGAAAUACCGUUUAUUAAAGCAGGAUGCAGUAAAGUCUCAAGAUAGGGAAGAUAAAAUUAAUAUAAUGUCUGAAAAGUGUAAGAAGACAUUAAGCUUAAUGGAACAAUUGGACAUUCAUCACCUAAUUGCUCAGAUGAAGCAUCUGCAGAAGGAGGUGAAUACCAUGCAGAUACAGUCUAAUAGGUUAAUUCAAGAAGAAGAGGAGCUACAGCAGAAUUUGACAUCUCUCUUUCAUUCAGUCAUUAAAUACGAAGAGAGUACAGCUUCUGUAACUAAGGACUUUUCUAUAAAGAUUGCCACCGUGAAGACUGAUAUUAGACGCAUUUCAGGUCUUGAAGCAGAUGUGACCUUAUUGGUAGAGAAUUUAGAUAUUCUAGAAGAUAAAGUAGGUAAAGCUGAAAAGGCUGCCAUACAAAAUAUAGGGGAUCUUCUUACAAGUAGCAUUGACAGGACUAUGGAACUACGAAGUACUGCAUCUGAAAAUGCCAGACAAAUAGAGCGCAUUAAGGCAAAGUCAUCAGAACUGAAUGAGGACCUUAACAAGCAGACAAACAAGCUUUUAGAUUUGGAAAGUGAUAGAGCCAAAGUUCUAACAACAGUAGCCUUUGCAAAUGACUUAAAACCGAAGGUGCAUAACUUAAAGAAGGAUUUUGCACAUUUGGAACCAAUGUUAGAUGAAUUAACAUUAAGAAUAGGAAGACUCUUUCAGGAUUUGUUUGAAAGACAGAAGGAAAUUGCUUUCAUGAAUAAGAAACUCUCUAAUUUAACUUCAGUUCAUAGUGAAGUUAAGGCUAUGAAUGAUGAAAUAACUAGUAUUUCAGAUAUGAAUUAGUCCAGUGAAAAUGGCAGUUAACUCUCAGAUCCAGAGCACUUGAAGCAUGAUUAUAUAGUAAAAGGUGCCCCCAUGAGAUAAGGUGUUGUACAUUUUGGUAUUUAAAAAAAUUCAAGAUGCCCUUUGCCUACUACAAUAUAGCAAAUGUAACUUUCAAGAGUUAGAGAGAGUUUUACAACUGAGUCACAGAAAAGUUUCCUAUUGAAAUCAGUGUAAACUGUAUGAAUUGCUCUUUAGCCCUUGUAAAAAGCUGUUAGGCACCAAGCUUAGUUUAUGUAUUAGUAAAACCUUACUUAAUAAUCACAUAGUCCAAGAGCUGUACUGAACAUUCAGAACAGUUUUGGGGAGAACAGGGUGAGGGAUUUUCAUUUUUAAAAAGUCAGCAGAGUCAGAGGCUUCUUUUUAACGUUUUCCAUUGUGGGUUUUACUCCUAUUUGAUCAUGGUGGUAACAAUUAUUAUAGCACUUGACAGUACAUCUCAGGAGGAGACUAUUUAGCAUCAUUAAGAUACAUUGUGAGAAGUUGCACUACCAUAGAAAAGGCAAUAAAGACAUCCCCCACCCCAGAAAGCCAUCUGAAUUUCUAGUCUACCUUCUUGGAGCAGAUGGUUGGGAGACAUGUUCUGACCACCCUUACAGGAGUAUUUCCUUUUUAAAAAGUAUAUGAAAACCAAAGCCAGGUGGGAUGCAGAGACCCUCUGAGCAGUUUUUGUGUUCAUGGAAAGCUCCUACUCCUUUUGAGAGGUAGCAGGGCAGGAGUCCUACCACUUGCUCAAUAAAUCUGUUCUAGACAGUUUGGAGACCUUCUAGACCAGCCUGGCAGGUGGCACGGAAUGAAUUACCACUGCUUUCUGCAAGUGAAUGCUGAUGUACUGCCAGCCAGAAAGCAUAGGGAGUUGGUAUAGGUAAGAAAAUCAGAUUCAGACCAUGUUCUUUGGCUGAUUGUUACUGGUGAAAGUGAGCAUUUUCAAGUAGCAGCAUACAUAUUUUAAACAUCUGUUAGAAUGGUUUGUACAUGUAAACUGUAGUGCCUUUUAUAUAAAAUGUAUCGCAUUUAGUAUAUUGUGUUUGCUUUUUAGAAGCAUCUACCUGGCCAGAAUGCUGGCUGAGGUGGACAUUUGGUCUAAGGCAGUAAGGCUCCAAGGUUGAGUAUUUGUAUGAUGAUAUUCAAAAUGCAGUAUUAGACUACUUCAGGUAGCCUUUAGUCAGUUCAUACUCUGGGUAUAGUGCAUGCCGCUUUACCAAAAUAAAAAGAAUUUGCCUUGCAAAACACAGGGCAUAAUAUAGCACAGCAGGACCUUCAUACCUGCUGGCUCCAUUACUGCCUUUUCAGUUAACCUUGGUUGACCUCAGCUGGAAAGAUGAGUUGUAAAGUGCCAAAGGAAGUGCUGAGGUAAGAACAAAAAAAAUUGGGAAAAAUGUAUAUAGUCUGAGUUUGAAUAUAUAGUUUGAGUUAUUUUGUGGCUUGCCACUCGCUACCCAUGUUGUACAGUGUUUGCUAUUAUCGGUGGUUUGAGGCAUCCACUGGGAGGGCUUAGAAUCCAUUUGUAUAGAUAGGGGGUCCUGCUCUAUAUACUCUUUGUUUGGGGAUGGAGAUACACAGAACUGUAUAUAAAGCAUCCUAUUGGGAA